AUGGCAACUCGAGAAGCAACGCUGAGGCUCGACUUCUCCAAGCUGCCGGUGAGACCUCCGGUUAAAGAGGUCAUGGAGUUUAUUGCCUCCAAGCUGUGCAUAGCACAGGAUCAGGUGACUAGAAUUCACCUACGCACAACAUCCGUCAAUGUUCAUAUUGACGUGAAAGAUCAAAAUGUGGCACUGAAGAUUGUGGAGGAUCAUGACGGAAAGCACAAUUUUAUGUGUCAGGGAUCCGAAUAUUCCAUUCCUGUCGUCAUGGACGACGGCUCCGUGCUGGUCAAGCUGCACGAUCUACCUUCCCGUAUAUCGGAUGAGGAUAUAAAGGAGUACUUUUCUAAGCACGGAAAAGUAAUGAACAUUUUCGAAGGAAAAUGGACGGAAGGACUAUACGCUGGUUCUUCAAACGGCUACCGUUUUGUGAGAAUUGUGGUCGAAAAACCCAUACCAUCGUUCGUAGACAUUCGGAACACAACCACACUGGCGACUUACAAAGGCCAGAAACCGACGUGCAGCUUCCCAGGAACUUCGACGGAGUUACGAUACCAUAUGAUUGAUCAAUCAUGUCCAAACUUCAAGAUUUUUUUAAAUGAUAUUAAAGCUAACGGUUAA